CGGCGGCGGCACGUUCCCCUCAGCCAGGCUCCCUCGUUUCUCUCGCUCCCUCACGCACGAGCGCGCGCGCGCUCCCUCCCUCGCUAAGCUCCGGGUCUUUUCUCCCUCCUGCUGCUGCUGCUGCUGCUGCUUCCCUCAGCGGCCCUGUUCCCUCCCUCCCCCACUGGCGGCGGCGGCUGCGGGUUGUGCGAGCGAGCGAGCGACUGGCUGACUGACUGAGGGGAGGCUGGAGCCGAAGGAGAGAUCGAGCCGCCGAGACCCGCAGAACUGUGGAAUGCUGUGAAGACCCCACCUGCCCCACAGUCAUAGACGGAAUACAUUUGGGACUAUUUUCAGCUGAAGGAAAUACUGCACCUAUAAAAGUUCUUCAGAUACCUACCCCAAGUCUCCGUGAGUUUCUUCUGCCUUGAAGGACAAGCUGGAAAAGCCAGAAUUACGCAUUUCUGCCUCCCAUGAGCUGCAAAUGUGGCUAGUAGCGGUUUGGCUGGUUUACCACAGAAAUGUUCGCCUGGGAUCAACUGCUGCUCAUCCCAGAGUUUUCGCGUCUUCCACGAUGAAUCCUGUUUACAGCCCCGUUCAACCUGGGGCUCCAUACGGAAACCCUAAGAACAUGGCUUAUACAGGUUAUCCUGCUGGUUAUCCCACAGCUGCCCCUACCUACAACCCAAACAUGUAUCCGACUACCAGCCCCGGCUAUGCUCCAGCUACGCUUCUGAUGAAACAGGCCUGGCCUCAGACAUCGUCCUCUUGUGCCACUGAGGGUACGUUUCACCUCCCAGUGGACACUGGGACCGAGAACAGAACUUACCAAGCUUCAUCAGCAGCAUUCAGGUAUACCACCGGAACUCCCUACAAGGUCUCUCCUACCCAGAGUAACAGCGCACCUCCUCCAUAUUCUCCAUCUCCAAAUCCUUACCAAACUGCUAUGUACCCCAUCCGAAGUGCCUAUCCUCAGCAGAACCUGUAUGCCCAGGGAGCAUAUUAUACGCAGCCUGUGUAUGCCGCACAGCCUCAUGUCAUCCAUCACACCACUGUGGUCCAGCCAAACAGCAUCCCAUCUGCUAUUUAUCCAGCUCCUGUGGGUGCCCCCAGGACUAACGGAGUGGCCAUGGGAAUGGUAGCCGGGACUACCAUGGCAAUGUCGGCAGCUCCUGCCCCGCCCCCUCCUCCCCCCAUGAAGGUCUGUUUGUUUGGUUACAACUCGGGUGCAGCUUUGCACAUUUUUGGAGGCACCCUGCUGACCACUCCUCAACACACCGCCAUCGGAGCACAUCCAGUCUCGGUGCCAACGUACAGGGCUCAAGGGACCCCUGCCUACAGCUACGUACCUCCACAUUGGUAAUCUCGUCGGCCGAUCCGCAUCUGGAGUCAGACAUUGUAUGCAACAACUCAAGUCUUACAUCGGUGUUGGAGCAGCCGUCCCAAAGGCACCAAGUCCGUUAGCAAGAACAAAAGAAAACAAAAGUGCAAGGGUCACUUUAUGCAUCCUUUAGGGUUUUAGUUGGUUUGUUUUUUUAAAGAAAAACACACACCUUUUUUUAAGUUUGUUUUGUAAAGGUCGCUUCCCUGUCAUUGCCCCCAGUCUCUGCCUCCUUUCGUUUUCCUCUUCUCCACACCCCUCCCCCCCCCCCGUCAAAAUUGUUUCAUGCCAUCCACUGAUGCUGAGCAAUACUCCUGCUUUUCUGCAACAGCCCCUGCCCCCUGCCCCCUCCGUUUGCAUUUCAAUCUUCCUCGGUCCAGUGUUGCGGGUUUCUCCUCCUGAUGUCAUGUAUUUCAUUCACAGAGUCCAUUUUGGUUUUACUAGCAAGAAUGAUUGAUGUUCAGGGCUACAGAGUGAAAAAAGCACAGUGCUGGCAGGCAUAUUCCUUCCCAUUUCAGUUCCAUUAAUCAGUCUCUCUCUCUCUCUCUCUCUCUCUCUCUCUCUCUCUCUCCAAUUAUUUCAUCUUCCAUAACCUACGAGAAAAUUAGUGUCUUCCAGACAGGUGUUGGAAUUAGAUUUACAGUUCAUUAUCUGCGUUGAAAUGUGGCACCGGUUCCUUUGUUUGCAGGAGUAGGCAGAAGGACGAAUGACAUGUAAAAACCCCUUGUGUUGUAGGAAGCAGGAUGGCUGCUAAUCAUGCAGAGGUUUCGCUUGUGUUAGUUUCUCCGCUGUGGAGUCCUGUGCCCCCCCCGUGUCCCCCCUGCACAACAGGAAGAGGAAAAGCCGAGAGGUGGGGUGGGGGGUGGGGGCGCCUGCUGGCAUAGGACGAUAAAUGAACAGGAGCCAUUCCCUUGGUUUUAGAGCGUUUUAACUGUGUUCCCAAUUCAGCGAGGAGAGUGAUUGAGGUGGUGAAGGUCAAGAAAGAUGGCGGAGGGCCUGCUAGUUAGACAAGCCAUGCAGCUGCAGUGGGAAAGGAAGUCCCCCCAAAUGUUAGGCGGAGUAGUUGUUUCUGCAGAGGUUUGGUUCGGCAGCAGUGGCCUGUGACGGCUGUGGUAUCUCUUUCUUGGCCAAUCCACUCAACCAAACUGAAUAAAAUUGAAUUUAAAUUUAAAUUCCCCUCCAGUCGGCUCGUCUUGCUGGGCACACGCCGAAGCCUCUGCAUUGUUUGGUCCCACUUUCAGCUCCCCCCCACGUUUGCUGUCCUCACGCCCAAUAUUUUCAGCCCACGGCAGGCUCUCUGUUGGAUUCACAAACGCCACAUUCCCGACACACGAGUUUGGUUGUGUGAAAUGGCCCAACGGUACAGCGUGCGGCUUCUUUUUAGUACAUAUUCGGGCGAAGGCCGUUGCACUCUCCAGUCACGUCACCGUUGACUGAGCAUCACUGCUGGGUGGAAGGUGCCACCCCACCCCCCCGGUUUGCUUAGUUUGCGUUCCUGAAACGCCUUUUAACUUGGUGGGGAGGCGGCGCUCUCCUGCCUGGGGUGGAGGUCUGCAGGGCAAAAGCGCGAGAAAUUGGGCAGAAGGGGAAAGGCAGGCUGCAUCGCAGCAAGGGCCGUCUCGGGCCUGCAAGGAUUACAUCUGCGAUAACCCAAACCAGAGAGGUGGUCAAGAAGCAUUAGUCACGAGCGAGGCUCAGCUGCUCUAACCAGGCAGGUCCGGGCAGUGGAGCACGUUGCAAGAGAUGCUUCUUUAGCCGGAGGUCGUUCAGGAGGACUGCAUGGCCAACAUUUGAUUGCCUUCCACUGAGGACUGAGAUAAAGUUGAAUUAGGGCCUCCUUCGGCACCCACCCACCCACCUUGAGGGCCUUCAAUGGUUUUGCGGGGCGCUGGCCGUAAGAGGCGGGGGGCGCUCCAGCGUCUCUGUGCAGCUUCCCUUGGAAUCCCUUUGUGUUGUGCUGCCAUGUUUGGUGCUUCAGGGGCUCAGGGCAGGACCUGUAGGGUGUUGGGCAGAGAAGAGAUUCUGCUGGGAUUGGUGUCUAGGCGGCUGGGGAAAGUUUCCAGGUGAGAACGGCCUGAUGGGGGAAACCCUCCAGUUCUGCUUCUUUUGCCUGGGAUGCUCCCGGGAUCGUCGUCACCAGAUUCUGGAUUAACGGAAGCCGGUGUCUGGUGGCUUCUGAUCAAAGGUGUCUGCGGAGAGCUUGACUCUGGCGUUCCUUUCCAAUAUUCCGGAGAAACAACAGGGCUAAAAGGUAUUUAUCAGGGGAGAGGGGGAAACAGAAAUGUCAAAUAGAAAACUGUUAGAGAAAUGCGGGACUGGAGCAGAAAUAGCAGAAUUUGCAUCCGUGGCGAUGACAUCUGGUGCUUUCCCAGUUGUAUAGGUAAAUGGACCGCUGCUGGCUUGUAGAUCUCUUCCCAGGAAGUUGUGGCCGGAUGCUGAGGAGGCAGCAUGCUGCCUUCUGGCUGUUGGGUGCUCAGUGCCUGGACGGUGUCGGGAGGCAGAUUCCGACAGCGUGACAAGCUGCAAGUAGCUGGAGCAGAGGAGGGCUGGGCUGGAGCGUGGAGCCCUGGCAGGGAGGCCACGCCAGCUGCAGUGGCACGGGGCGCGUGUUGGGCAGGGCAGGUGGGCAGGAGGGUUGCAGGCUAGCACAUCUGCCGGGAGGCGAGAGUGAGGGAAGUAGGCAGGGGAGCAGACGUGAAGGUGCAACGGGCAGCGUGGAAAGGAGGCCGCCAUUUUUAGAUUGGGUUCGUUCCAACCGUUGUGGCGAUUUCAUUUACUAGAUAGAUCUUUUGGAAUCGCUUGCGAAAACAUGUCUGGCCAUCGUUCUAAAGACCAGGAUGGGUGUUGGUGUUGGGAGAAUCCCCUUGCGCUGAAGAAUUCUUAUUCUCCCUUUACCGAAGGGAGCCAAGUGUGAGGCCUCAGCUAGACCUAAGGUUUGUCCCGGGGUCGUCCCUGCCUGCUCCCAGGAUCCCCUGUGUCGUUUAGAUGCACAGGGAUGACCCCGGGACGAUCCCAGGAUAAACCUUAGGUCUAGCUAAGCAGCCUUCCUCAACCUGGGGCGUUCCAGAUGUGUUGGACUACAACUCCCAGAAUGCCCCAGCCAGCUCUGCUGGCUGGGGCAUUCUGGGAGAUGCAGUCCAACACUUCUGGAACGCCCCAGGUUGAGGAAGGCUGAGCUAAGGCCUGAGUCUCUAACUCGGGGACCAUCCUUUGGCUCUUGUUACGCCGUCCCCCGGGCACCUUUCUAUUAAAAUAUAUCUAUUAGAAAUAACAUUUGUUGGGAGAUAAUGGAACUGUAGAAAGCACCCACCCACCCCUGGUCAUGGCAACUUGUUAUCCACACCUUGGCUCUGAACGUCAACCGUUUUCAUGCAGAGAGCUAGAAACCCCGCGGUAUCGUUCAUUAUUUCUGUAGCACUUUCCACAUAAAUAAAAGAGGCUUUUGCUGCCACCUGCCCCAGCAGUUGCCCCGUGAGGGUGGGAGGAGAGGCUGAAAAGUAGUGGUUUGUGCAAGGUGACCCAGCGCACUUUAUGGCUGAGCAGGGAGACCAACCUGCCUCCCCCAUCUCGAAAGGCGGGCGGUGGCGUUUCAGAAGCCCUGCAACGAAAACCCAUUGGAGAGCCAAAUCCCAAUGUCUGGGCUCAUGUAGUGAACUGGGUUGUUUACGGGGUGGGGGAUUAUUUUGUUAACAGGUAGCCCCGAUUUGCGUCUUCUUUCACUGCUCCCCUUUCUUGCGUUUCCCACGAAACCCCCCCCCCCCGGUGGUGCUGCGAUGAAGGUUUUGAGGCUCCAUAAUCCGGCCUUAUGAAGGCACUUUGAAGUAAUUGGGAUCCAAUGUUUAAUUAUACAAGUAAUCUUUGGAGCUCUGUCUGUAUAUAGCUGUAUAAAGUAUAUACUUUUAAAUUUGACUGGAAAGCAGUUGCGGGGGGGUGGGGGUGGAAUGGAAGAUUGGGGAAGUAACGGGGUGGCGUUGAAGGGACACGGAUCGACCCGUGCAAUUCAACCAGGGAAGGACGUUUGAAUUGUGGCCAGAUACCGAAAACAUGGGAAUGUGUUGCUUGCUGUCCCAGGGUGAUCCCUUUUGCUUCUUCUUUUGGAGCUGUCUCGUGUCAUCUUCGUUAUUUUUGCAUUUCAAGAACCUCCUGCUAUUCAUUUACAGAGAUUAACGCCCCUUCCCCUCCCGUCCCGCGAAUAAUUGAACAAUGAAAACAUUGCGACGUUUUUCACAAUGUUUGUGACAUUUGUGACGUUUUCCAUCGUGAUGUUUUCACAACCACCAAUGCAGGUUACUGCUAUUAACAGACCCCACUGAUACCCUAACCCUUUUUAAACAUGUGCUGUAAUGCAAGACUUGAAACGAAUCAAUCAAUAAAAGAAUGCAUAUUAAUCAUUGUUCUGGCCCAAAACACACGUCGAAGAAUCUUGGAGGUGCCUCCCAGCCGCGGCUCCAGGAAAACUGAACUGUGUGUACGAGUUUUUGCUCCUGUAUUUUAUGAACCAUAAUAACCUAGUCAAAAUUAUUAUUAUUAUUAUUAUUUUUUGCAGUUCAGAUCUGUAAUUUAAAAGGCGCUUUUUACCAUAA